UUCUGAUGGUACUCAGGUGUACAGGUUGGGGAGUGAAGAGAAUAUCCCGAUCCCUAGAAUGAUUUGUUCUGCCUUUGUGGGGGGGACUCUCUAGGUCAGUUGUCUCUACCCCGAUAUGAGGGGCUCCCCCUUCCUGCUUCUACUAUACCUUGGGCUGACUUCCUCUCAAGCCUCCCAGCCUGACCUGAGGAAAGAUCAUGAUUCUGCUGCUGGCCCAGACCCCACAGCUGUAUUCUUAGGAGCCUCCAGAGCCCAGAGUUUCCUGGGGAGUGGGCCUAGCCCCCGGCGCUUCCCCCGGGCUAAUCAUUGGGAUUUGGAGCUUCUGACCCCUGGGAAUUUGGAACGAGAAUGCUGGGAAGAGCAGUGUUCCUGGGAAGAGGCCCGGGAGGUCUUUGAAGACCGGACCUUGACAGAUCACUUCUGGGAGACCUACCCCUACAAUGGGAAGGGUGGUGCUGCUCAUGGACGGGUGGAUGUAGCAGCAUUGGCCGUGGGGCUGGGGGCUGGCCUACUGGUCUUGCUUCUGGCAGCCCUGGGCAUAUUUUGGUAUCUGCAUAGGCAGAGACAGUUACGUCGAAGCCCUGGGCCCUCUCCCCAAAGAGCCUUCCUGGUGACGGAGGAUGUGCCCUUGACCCCCUUGCCGCCUCCUCCCGGCCUCCCCACUUACGAGCAGGCACUGGCAGCCUCGGGGAUGCAUGACGCCCCUCCACCACCCUACCAGAGCAUUCGGCGGUCCCGCUGAGAAGACGACAUCCCCCUCCCCCCAGGCCGACCCGCGCCUUCUGUGCCCCGUGACCUCCCCCCCCCCACUCUCCCCGCAAGGCCAGAACGGGGCUGGAAAGGAUUUGUCUGGGAAGUCGACUGCCCUCCCUCUUCUUACUCCCCACCUCUCCCUGCGUGUGCCCCGGCCUGGUUCCACACACGUGGCCCUCUCCCCCUUCGGGACACACGCAGGCUUCCUAGGGCACCAGAGGUAUGUGCACACGUGUUCUAGCCCCGCUGCUCCAGUGACCUAGGUGCGUGCACACAGACGUCUGAGUGGGACAAGCCUCUAUAAUGGCGCUCCCGCCCCAUCCACAUAGUGGCCGGUGCCAGUCUCCCUAGGGGGUGCCCUAGGUGUGUCGCAACUUCUCUGGGAUAGCUGGUGCGCCCCUGCCCCUUCAGAGCCUAGUUCUGGACAGUCCCAAUCCUAUGGGGGGGAGGGGGAGGGGCCGCCUCCGCUUCCCCCUCCCCCCCUGCCGCCACCACUGGCCUAGGCUGCACCCGCCCUGGGCCCAGUGGGAGCAGGGCUCGGGCAGAGGCCGGCCUCGCUCCGGCACGUCGGGCGGGCGGGCCGCGGCCGCGUCUGCGCGCUAGCUGCGGCAGGGGCGGGCCAGGCUGGGGGCGCCUUUCUCUAGCCCAGCCGGCCUCGGCCCCUCCCUCCCUCCCUCCCU